GCAGUGGUGCUCACCUUCCAUCUCUGGCGCUGCCUUGCCUUGUCGGCUGAUCGAUUCGCUCUGGAGGGUUAACUAUGUUGCGCCGCAAGCCAUCCAAUGCCAGUGAGAAGGAUCCGAACCAGAAGAGGAAGCUGUCUCUACAGCGCUCCAGCAGUUUUAAGGACUUUGCCAAGAACAAGCCGAGCUCGCCCAUUACAAGCGAGAAGGAGUUCAGCCUGGAGGAGGAGGUCCCAGAAGGCAGCCCUACAAAUGCUCUGCCCAGUCCAGAUGACUCCGGGCGAAGCAGCAGCUCGAAGCUGGGCAGGAGGUGGAAAGCUGCCAUCUCUCGCACCAUGAACCGGAAGACGGGCAAGGCUGCAGCCAGAGCCUUGGCUGAACAGGGGGAGGCUGACGAAGAGACGGCUGCAUCUCUCCUGAACAGUCCUAUGGAGAAAGAGGCCCUCAUCUUCCCGGAACCGACAGAUCUUCACUCGCCUGGCAGUCCUCAGAGCCCGAGUGUAGGCGGUGGAUUGUUUGAUCCCAAACUGACGAGAAGCAUCGGCGUCGAGAAGAAGGCGGAAGAGGACAGCCCCGCGCUGUACAGCGGCCCUUUCUGCGGCAGAGCCAGGGUUCACACGGACUUUCUCCCCAGCCCCUAUGACAAAGACUCGCUGAAACUUCAGAAAGGGGAUGUCAUCCACAUCAUCGCCAAGCCCCCCGUAGGCACGUGGACGGGCCUCCUGAACAACAAGAUGGGCUCCUUCAAAUUCAUCUACGUGGAUGUUAUCCCAGAUGACCCUGCGCCGGUCCUAAAGAGCUGUUCGCGAAGCAGGAGCAAGAGGCCCAAGCCCAAGACUCUGGAGGAACUGCUGGAGCGCAUGAACCUGCAGGAGUACGCCUCCACAUUGCUACUGAACGGCUAUCAGACCCUGGAGGACUUCAAGGAGCUGCAGGAGACUCACCUGAAUGAGCUGAACAUCACGGACCCCCAGCAUCGUGCCAAGCUCCUCACCGCAGCAGACCUGCUGCUCGAUUACGACACAAGCAGCGAAGCUGAAGAAGAAGGGGGGGGCUCAGAGCUCCAGCUGGCCCCUGAAGAGCCGAAGGGGGACAUCCCUCGGGAUUCCGGCUGUUUUGAAGGGGCGGAGAUGCUGGACUCCAAGUUAGAGGAAGGACUGCAGUCUCUCUCGCUGUCGGGGUCAUUCUGAGCGGAGCCCCUCCCCCUCGGGCCGCCCUUGCCUUGGAGCCAGAAGUCCCUCCCGGUUGCAUUGCAAGGACAAAGCACCACCUCCUUCCUUGGACGAGCCAAGCCCCCCAGCCGGCCAGUCCCAUCACCAGGCCUUGCCCUUGAGAGUGUUUCUUUGCGUUUAGAAACAGGCUGUGCUUCACACGUUUUUUGCAAGCUAUGGACGUAAGCUGCCCACCACCCAGAAUGCAAUAAAGGUGCUACUGAGCUGUGUGUGACUGAACUGUGGUGGGCUAACAUGGUCUCUCGCCUCCCCUGUCUGGAACUGAGAAAAUCUCCUCUCCCCUCUCCCGGUGGGGGGGUCGCCACUUCAAUCCACAGCAGAGCAGCAGGUACUCGGGUGCCAUGCUUAACACAGCACAAACUUCUGAAUACAGCCUCUGUGGCUCCGCCCCUUCCCCACCCCCAGUCUGUGCUGUAUGACAGGAAGAGACUCCUCGUGGGACUGAAAACAGCAGCCUCCACCAAGCCAGAAGACUACGCAGCAGCAGCCUGCCCCGGCUGAGAAAAAGAGAAGAGGAUGGACUUUUUGCUUCUUUUGCCUUUGAGUACAUCAGACUCGUUAAUAAAUACUUGGAUACUACACAUAGUAGGGCAAAGUAAGGGCCAAUACCAGGCAGGUGCGACUCCCGGAGCACCACUGGGACGAAGCAGUGGGCACCUUCACGGGGUUCUGCUGCAAGAAGUGCUUGACUCUGAUCCCCGUGAUUCAGUCUGUGGUAUAGGACUCGCAAUAAAA